AUGAAGUAUAGUUUUGAAGAAGAAAAGAUGCUGUUUUUGGAAAAAAUGAAUAUCGGAAGAUCUUCUCAUUCAAUGGUUUUUUUGAAUGAUUUUAUUUAUGUUAUUGGAGGUUUUGAUGAGAAUAAUUAAAUGACUAAAUAAUGCGAAAAAUUCUCAUUGAAAAAUUUUAAGUGGGAUUUGGCUCCAUCUUUAAAUUUUGGAUGUGCUUCAUCAGCUGUUUGUGCAUUUUAAAAUAAAUUCUUAUUUAAAUUUGGAGGAAUUGGGGAGGAUUUGUAACUUUCGCCUUAUAUUGAAUGCUUUGAUUAGGAGAGAAAUUCAUGGGUACUUUUGGAUCCUAAAAUCGAAAAAGUACCUUUAAAUGAAUUUGCACUAUUAUCCAGCUCAUCUUGUGUUUAAAUUAAUAGUAAUGAUAUUUUAAUUUUCGGGGGGUAUUUUGAAGAUAAUACAGCAAGUAAUAUUUGCUUUGUUUUUUAAGUUAGUGAUAAUGUGAUUUGCUUUGAUGGAGUUUAAUAGUUACCUAUUGCAGAAGGAUUCUGGAAUAAUAAUCCUGUGGUUUGUGAUGGAAAAGUUUAUGCAGUUUAAAAUGUAGCAGCUGAAAAUUCAAAUAAUUGUAUAGAAAAUGAAAGAAAAGUUCUGACAUUUUUCAAUGGAAAUUGGAAUAUUAUUUGUUGA